GGUGCAAGGCACGAUUGUGCAAGAUCUAAAGAUGGCAGAUGAACGCGACGACACCAAGAGUCCUCCAAUGAAGAAAGAGAAAGCGGCCUUUAAAUCUACGGAUGCGAAGACACUGGACCAACAGCAAAUUGCAACUGGAAAGUGGAUCUCUCUCAAUUUGAUAACAUACCAAGAUCCUCUUGGGAACAAAAGGACUUGGGAAGGAGUUGAAAGGACAACGAAAUCGAAAGAUGGAGGAAGUGAUGCCGUCAUAAUCAUUCCAACGCUCAAGAGAAUGUACAAGUUUGACUGUAUCAUCUUAGUGAAACAGUUCCGUCCACCGCUGGGCUGCUGUACCUUAGAGUUCCCUGCAGGUUUGGUAGAUCCGGGUGAAUCUAUGGAGUCGACUGCAGUGAGGGAACUGAAGGAAGAGACAGGAUACGUGGGGAAAGUGAAGUACACCUCGCCUGUUACGACCCUGGAUGCCGGGACUGGGAACUGUACUGCAUCUAUGGUUACUGUUGAGAUCGAUGGUGACCUAAAGGCUAAUAAAAAACCUGUUCAAGAAGCUGAAGAAAAUGAGUUUAUUGAAGUUCUUAAAGUGCCAAUUGGUGAAUUACUAAACUACUUGAAUGUGCAAAGCAAAGAGGGCUUCAUUGUGGAUGCACGAGUUUAUAGCUAUGCCAUAGCCCUGGCACAGGCCUCUGAACCACCACUUCAAGAAAAGCCAGAUCUUUCUUCAUUCGAUGGUUAAAUGAUAGCGACAGUUUUUUAUGACUUUACCAAACUGAAUAGCCUUCUUUUUGAUAUCUGUUUUAUAACCAUAAUGGAUGGUUCUAUCUCAGUCUUCUCCGAAGCUAUUCUUCUACAUCAGUCUGGUUAUUGCCUUUGAACAUAGAACCUACAAGCAUAGAAUAAAGCCUUUCUGCAUAGGGCAAGUGCAUUCAGAGGACUGUCAUUUUAAUUGAUUUUGUGGGGAUUUUAGUAAGUUUCUUGUAGACUUUAUUGAUUCGUACGAUUUGACCUGAUCACAGUAAAUCGUAGCAAGGAAAAUAUAUAUGUAUAUGUAUGGUUACUGUCUGCAUAAUUAGGAAGUAAAUUCCUGUAGUUUUAAAUAAA